AGCCUCUCUAAAGGUGACAGGGCAUGGAGAAGGACAGAAAUCAUGUCUGACAGGAGUCUCUGAAAUCAUUUACGACCAAGACGGACCGUGAAGCGCUCUGCUCCUGCAUCUCAACUUCCUGUCGUUUUCCCGGCACUUAGGUUGGAGAUUCGACAAGCAUGUCCAAAGCAGCAGACAGGACCUCUUCCACAACGUCCGCCGAUUCAGCCUUAGGAGACGGCAAAGAUGGUGGCUCGAAAACUAGCACAGCCACAAACUCCCCAUCGGGUUCAGUUUCUGAGACACCAAAGAAAUCCUCAAAGAAGGCCAAGAAAAACACAGAGAGCAUGAACAAAGUCUACAACUCCAUCCUCAACAGUGUUUUUGGGGCCGACAGAGACCUGGCUCAAGCUGAAAUAGACGAGCUGCAAGAAGCCUUCAAGGAGUUUGACUACGACCAGGACGGCUAUCUGAACUACAAAGAUGUGGCUGAAUGCAUGAGGACCAUGGGAUACAUGCCCACCGAGAUGGAGCUGCUGGAGAUCGUACAACAGAUCAAGAUGAGAAUGGGCGGGUUAAUGGACUUUGAAGAUUUUAUUGAAUUGAUGGGACCGAGGAUGAUGGGAGAAACCACAAACAUGCUGGGACUCAAGGAACUCCAGUCAGCCUUUGUACAGUUUGACUUGGAUGGAGAUGGAAAGAUAAACCAGGAAGAGAUGAAAGAAGCUCUGAAAAGCCUUCUGGGGGAGAAGCUGAAGAAGGGAGAGCUGGAGGAGAUCCUGAAGGAGCUGGACGUUAAUGCAGACGGAAGCAUCGACUUUGAAGAGUUUGUGAUGAUGCUUUCUAUUCACUGAAAUCACAUAGCAAUAACAUCUACCUGGGCGUAUGACAAGCACAGACGGACAAAAUUGUAUUAAAUAAACCGAUAUUUUGUAAAUCUCACUUCAACGAAGACAAAUCCAGCCGUUUUCAAACACAAUUUUGUUUGUAAUGUGGACGUAGACUUUUAGUGUCCAUCUACUGAGCUGUAAAAAAAAAAACCCUAUUAACUGAUUUGAUUUGCAUUUAAAGCUGAACAUGCUGACUGGUAUUUCAGAAAGUGACUGAGUUUGUCAUUUUGUCCUGUUAUGUAAAUAGAACAUUAUAAUCCCUUUUUUGCUAUUUUAAUAAAUAAAUUCAAAUACAA